AUGCAUCAUCAUCAUCAUUUGCUUGGUGACGCUUUAUUAGCUGGCGCUGUUGGUUUUGGCGCCUAUGAACUGUGGCAUCAUCAUCAGUAUGGCAAUUUUGGUUUCGGAAAUCCUUAUAACUAUGAUAUGUCUGGAGGAUAUGGUUCACCAUAUGGUUAUGGAUCAUUCGGCUAUCCUUCAUACGGUGGAGGUUUUUGGUAG